AUGAUGGAGUGGAGAGUUACUUGCAAGGUGGAAGUGGAGGGUCAUUGCCUGGCUGGAUGGGAAGUGACACAGUUCACUAGUUCAACAUUUCAGCAGUUCACCAGUCCAACAUUUCACCAGUCCAACAUUUCACCAGUUCAACAUUUCACCAGUUCACCAGUUCACCAGUUCACCAGUUCACCAGUCACCAGUUCACUAGUCACCAAUUCACCAGUUCACCAGUUCACCAGUCCACCAGUCCAACAUUUCACCAGUUCACCAGUUCACCAGUUCACCAGUUCACCAGUUCACCAGUUCACCAGUUCACCAGUUCACCAGUUCACCAGUUCACCAGUUCACCAGUUCACCCGUUCACCAGUUCACCAGUCCAAUAUUUCACUAGUUCACCAGUUCACCAGUCCACCAGUUCACCAGUUCACCAGUUCACCAGUUCACCAGUUCACCAGUUCACCAGUUCACCAGUUCACCAUUUCACCAGUUCACCAGUUCACCAGUCCAACAUUUCACCAGUUCACCAGUUCACCAGUUCACCAGUUCAAUGUUUCACCAGUUUACCAGUCCAAAAUUUCACCAGUUCACCAGUCACCAAUUCACCAGUUCACCAGUUCACCAGUUCACCAGUCCAACAUUUCACCAGUUCACCAGUUCAUCAGUCACCAGUUCACCAAUCCACAUGAAAAAAAUAAUAUUAGUAUGAGUAUCAGUAGAAGAAAGAGCACCAUUAUCACCAUCAGAAACAGCAGUAACAAAAAUGAGCAUGAAAAGCCCAGUUCACCAGUACAUCACUUCACCAAUCCACCCUCCUCUGUGGCUCUCUCACCGCCCUCCUGGCACCCCAUAGAGGCACUCACCGCCCCCAGGCACCGACCCAUAGGCACACGAGGCCCUGAUGGCACUCUAAAGGCAGUCAAUGGCAGCGACAGCCAGCCCUGGUUUGUUAUUGAUUCUAGUGGAGCGCUGAGCCUGUGUGGGUGA